AUGCCACUUUUGCGGAUGUUUCUCCUGAUUUUCCUGAUUCCCAAUGUGUCGGCAGUGUUGUCAAUCGAACGUCAAAAGGUAGGGGAAAUGAGAGAGAGAGAAAGAGAAAGAGAGAGAGAGAAAGAGAUCAGACACACUUUCGAAUCGAUCGAUUUCAGAGGCACAUGCUCAACGCGCUGAACCUCAUCGACCGUCCUCCGCGCUUCCAUCACACGCCCGUGAUUCCGUCGUUUCUGUCGAGAACCAGCGAUUUCAGCGGCGGAAUCCGACAGACGCUCGUUUUGGAGAGCAAUGAGAAAAGUGCGCAAAUUGUCCAUAAUCUCCACAUUUCCCAGAUGAUUUCCGUAGUUUUGAGUGCUCAAAGUCGACCAUAUUUUGUGUUGUCUUUCGCUCACUUCCACGAUUACGGUAGCCAGUGCGAGUUGGGAGUGUGUUCAUUUCGCCGCGCAUUUUCCCGAGCUACCGUACUCCUGGGAGCAGGGCUGGGCAAUUGGCCGGCCCUUCACCUGACCCUUUGAACCACUUGCAAUAUUCCGAUCGGAUCCAAACUUUGCAGGCUUCUUGGACAUGAGUUGAAGCAUACUGGGACCAAGUUUCAGCCCGAUAGGAUCAUCUGGUUCCGAGAUAUGUGGAUCAUUCACCGAAAUUGGCCGGAAGCACGGGCUUUUUGGAAAAAAUCGGCCAAUGAUCCACAUAUCUCGGGACCCGACGAUCCGAUCGGGCUGAAACUUGGAACCAAUGGCCCUCAAUCCAAGUCCAACAAUCCUGCAAAGUUUGGGUCCGAUCGGAAUAUUGCAAGUGGUUCAAAAGUCCAGGUCAAUUGUCGGCCAACAAAAAGCCCGGGCCGGCCAAUUGCCCAGCUCUGCCUGGGAGUGGUCCUACAAAAAAGUGAUCAAUUGCAAAAAUGAUGUACUAAACGUGAAGUUUUCACAGAAAGUUUUUUGGAGCAAAAAGGUACCUUGUGACAUAACGGUGCACGUACAAACAAAAGUACCACCAAAAGAAACGUAUGUGGGGGAGGGGAGAUAAUCAUAUUUACGUGCCCGAGUUGUUUGUUCAUAUUUUUGUUCAAAACACUAAGACAUGUUCUGUUUUGGUUUGAUUUCAAGUUCAGGUGCAAACCGACCAAAGCACUAACAUCAAACUGGCUUACUGUAGUUUUGAACUGAUAAUAUACGAAAGUGACACCUCAAAAUGGACACUUCCAAUUCACAUCAAACUUCAAUCGUUUCAAUUCAUUUGAACUGUUUACGGUAUCUGUCAAGACACCUUCUGAAUUGAUAUUAUCCGAUUCCAACUUUUUCAGCCUGGUCCUGCCUGACCGCCGCCACGCCGGUCCCCGAUUGUUUCCAGUAUUCACUCGACGAAAUCCGCAACUCGGACACAAUUUCGGCCAAUCUCAUCUUCGAUUUGGCGCCCCAAUUCCUCGGAAAUCAAUCGAUAAUCGGCAGUAUUUGUGCGUAUGAAGUUGACGAAAUGUUCGGGGAAAUCAAAUAUUUGGAGCGCUUCGAAGUCGACGACAAAUUGGAUGAGAACACGAAAAAAGUGGUGGUCGACGUGAGCCAGAGUGUGCAUAUUUGGACGAGAAAACACAAUCGGCAGAUGAUCAAGGUACGUGGAUCGACAAUAUUCAAAUUUUGAGAGCAAAAUGUCAUUUUUCCGAAAGUUUAUCAAUUGUUGCCCAUUUCUAGUCGAAUGUCGAGGCAUUGCACUAAAUUUUGACUGAAAACCUCUCAGACCGCCAGAAAAAUCUGAAAUUUCACUAGUCAUUUUCAGAUCGAAGUGCUGAGUACGUCUCUGAAAGUGCUCGAUCUGAAAGAGAUUCUGCUCUCGGCUCCGCAUCUCGAAGUUACCGUAAUCCGACCGAAAGGCCCCGAAGCGCCGAGCGAUUGCACCGGAUGUUGCGUCGUUCCCUUUUACGUGAACUUCACCGAAAUCGGUUGGUGGCCUAACUUUUCCCACUUGAAUUUCCUCUUCCAGGCUGGAACGAUUGGAUUCUGAGCCCGCCCGGAUUCUACGCGAACUUCUGCUCCGGCUCUUGCGCCGCCCAUUAUGAAACCGACGAAACGUACCGAUUCAUGAGAAGAGCGUUCUCGGCGUCCGAAGCCGCGAUGCUCCCGGAGCCGACUUGUGCUCCGAGCCAUUACGGUAGCAUCGACCUGAUAAUUGCUUUGAGCCCGUGGGAGAUCCGGAAAAUGCGAGUGCACGGCAUGCGCGCGUUGGCUUGUAGUUGCUCUUGA